AUGUCUUGGCGGCGCUUUGACCUCAAUUCUAAGGGCGUGGAUGGCAUCCAGGAGCGCACCAUUGGCGGUGGCUUGGUGACGUUAGUGAGCUGCAUGGUCGUAGCUUUUCUGUUGCUGUCUGAGCUCUCUGUUUGGUGGACUGUGAGCGUCACGCACCACAUGCACGUAGACACCGCCCCUCAAGACGAUCCAAUUACAGUCGAAGUGGAUAUUACAUUUCUUCAUGAAACCUGCAAUGACGUAGCACUGGACGUGAGUGAUGCCAAGAGCAACAAGGACGUGCUGCUAAAACAAGAUAUCCAAGAACAACCAGUUGGAGAGAAUGGGUGCAGACUUUACGGGACAGUGCAAGUGCAAAAGGUUGCAGCUGAUUUGAGCUUUGCUCAUGAAGGUUCGAUCACGAUGUUUUCGUUCUUUGACUUUCUCAAUUUCAACUCGUCCCACGUGAUCAAUCACCUGCGGUUUGGGCCGCAGAUUCCAGAUAUGGAAACACCAUUGAUUGACGUCAAAAAGAUUGUGACGAAUAACUUGGUAGCGUACAAAUAUUUUGUGAGUGUUGUGCCUACACGCUACAUCUAUCUGAACGGUACAUCAGUGACGACGUUCCAGUACUCAGUGACGGAACACGAGACGACCACUCGCGGAGCUAAUGGCCAAAUGUCGUUCCCGGGUGUGAUAUUUUCGUACGAGUUCUCGCCCAUUGCAGUGGAAUACGUUGAAUCCAAGCCGUCACUGUUGUACUUCUUGACCAGUACAAGUGCCAUCGUAGGUGGCGUUUUUGCUGUUGCGCGCAUGAUCGAUGGCGCUAUCUACAGCGUCUCCAGGAAAAUCGAUUAG